CCCUUCUGCGGGGACUUGGACUGCACCGACUGCGUGCUGGCCGAGAUCGGCGCUCUGGCCAAAAUACUGACAUGCCAGCCCCCGCCUGCUUCCUCGGUGCAGCCGGAGCUGAUCUGCGCCCCGGUGCUGCGGGACCUGCUGGGGGAGGCUAUCGAGUAUGACAAGAUCCUGAAGCUGACCUCAGAUGCAAAGGUAAUUGAAGUCAAGGAUGUGAAGCUGAUCAUCGCUCUUGGUUUUAUCCAUGGAUUUGUUUUUCUUGUUUUUAUCCUUGGAUUUAUCCUCUCCGGUGCAGCCAAGCAUGAUAUAGACAGCCUGUCUCUGCCAAGUGAGCUGCAGCAGCUGGGACUGCCCAACGCAGAGCAUGCCAGCGGGUUGUCUUCCUAUGAGAAGCAGAGCCCUCUCGAGGACAGGCUGUGGGCCUUCAGCCUGCGAUGUGAGGGGGGGUUGAGUCUUAAUAGGGGUGUGGGGGUCAGUGUUACUCCAGCUGAGCUGCAGGAGGUCAAUGAACCUGUGGUGCACCUGACCUUCAACAUGCGGGACAGAGAGUGGGAGAAGAUGAUAGCUGUCCCUGCGGCUCUUCGGCCAAGAAAGUUCCAGGUGCUGCUGGCAGAGUUGAAGCAGGCCCAGACCUUGACUGCUUCUCGGAGGAGACAGAAAAGGGCCACGGCAGGAGGCUGUGACACUGCGUUGGGGGCUGAGACUGAUGCUCUCGGCUGGGGAGGAGGAUGUUGCCAGCUAGUUUUCCGGGUGCCCUCGGGGCAGUUCCACCAAUGGGGGCGGGCCGUGCCGGAGUUCGCGGGCGGCGUGGAACGCGCGGCGGCGGGCCGCGGCCCGGCGGUGCCCUUCUGCUCCGAUGCCUGCAGAAUCUCGGCCGGUGCCCGGAGCAAGGAGCUGCGGCUGACGCUGAGCGCGCUCCCCCAGCGCAGGACGUCGGGGUCGUUCCGGCGGUGCCCCGCCGCUGAGCUGCCCCGCCCCGCCAUGCCCGCCUGUGCUUCCUCACCCAAAUGCCUCCUCGCUCCCCUGGACAUCCCCUCGGCAUUUUCCUACACAAACACUUCUUGUGCCCCGUCUCAGUGA